CCUGAGGUGUCCUGCCCACCAGCCUCCUUGGCUUUGUGCUUUGUCCUCUUCCUUUUUCCCACUUAAUCCAGCCAUAGACGACCAGCACCUGUGGUAGCCCCUUUGCCCCUCGCCUCUGGCUGCAGCCAGGGCUGCUGUAAGUGUGGACCAUUGUGUAGAAGAGAGAACAUCAUGGUGGCCUUCAGAGGGGUCUGGACUCAAGCUUUCUGGAAGGCAGUCACAGCAGAAUUUCUGGCCAUGCUCAUCUUUGUUCUCCUCAGCCUGGGAUCCACCAUCAACUGGGGGGGGACAGAAAAGCCCCUACCUGUCGACAUGGUUCUCAUCUCCCUUUGCUUCGGACUCAGCAUUGCAACUAUGGUACAGUGCUUUGGCCACAUCAGCGGCGGCCACAUCAAUCCCGCUGUGACAGUGGCCAUGGUGUGCACCAGGAAGAUCAGCAUCGCCAAGUCUGUCUUCUACGUCACAGCCCAGUGCCUGGGUGCCAUCAUCGGAGCCGGGAUUCUCUACCUCGUCACACCUUCCAGUGUGGUGGGGGGCUUGGGGGUCACCACGGUUCAUGGAAAUCUUACCGCUGGUCACGGUCUCCUGGUGGAGUUGAUCAUCACAUUUCAGUUGGUGUUUACUAUUUUUGCCAGCUGUGAUUCCAAACGGACCGAUGUCACUGGUUCAGUAGCUUUAGCAAUUGGAUUUUCUGUUGCAAUUGGACAUUUAUUUGCAAUCAAUUACACCGGUGCCAGCAUGAACCCCGCGCGAUCCUUUGGACCUGCAGUUAUCAUGGGAAAUUGGGAAAAUCACUGGAUAUAUUGGGUUGGACCGAUAAUAGGAGCUGUCCUCGCUGGUGGCCUUUAUGAGUACGUCUUCUGUCCAGAUGUUGAACUCAAACGUCGUUUGAAAGAAGCCUUCAGCAAAGCUGCCCAGCAAACGAAGGGGAGCUACAUGGAGGUGGAGGACAAUAGGAGUCAGGUAGAGACUGACGACUUGAUCCUAAAACCCGGAGUGGUGCACGUGAUUGACAUUGACCGGGGCGAGGAGAAGAAGGGGAAAGACCCAUCGGGCGAGGUGCUGUCUUCAGUAUGACUAGAAGAUGGCACUGAAAGCAGACAGGAACACUCAGAACGGUCCUCAGAUUUCCUUCCACCCAUUAAGGAAACAGAUUUGUUAUAAAUUAGCCAUGCGCAGGGUUGUUUUCUCAUGUCUUAUUAUUCAGGGUAGAUAAGAAUAUUUCUUUGUUCCACCAAGGAGGAGUGGAAGAAACCUAUUGUGAAUUCCAAAUCUAAAAAAGAAGUCUUCCUAAAGUGUCCCCAAAGCAAAUAUGAAUCCAGCGAAUCCUGCUGCCAUCCAUGAUAAUCACUUUAAAAUGUCGAUCAAGAUUUGGUUAAGUCUUGCCUGGCAGAAUUUAGAGACAUACCUAUCAGCUUAAUCCUCCUCUACCAUGGCCCUGGGAUUGUUGAUCCUUGUUUGAGUAUUUAUUCCAUUAAGUCAAGUUUUUCAAUGGCAAGGGACAGCAUGUCACAGAGUCAUGCACAUUCAAGAGAGGAAAUAUAACAUGCUCUUUUAUGAGCAGUCCCUUACUGUGAACUACCUCAGCAAGACAACAUUAACAAGGGUCAUUGUUAAUGAAUUGUUUCCAUUUUAUAUAUGUCAAAUACCCAACUUUCAACCUGAACUCCAAAUUCAUAAUAUUCCUUCCUCUUCCUCAGUGCCCAAGGUAAUGCGGACCGAAAGCCCAGAAAUCUGAAGAAUGUUCAGACACCCUGAAUAUUUAUUGUUUCCACCUAAUAAAACAUCCAAAUCAUAAGAAACAGCUAUUAAGACAAACAGGACAAAUAGACUCAUAUGAUCUUACUAGAGUGGAGGGAAAAUUGCCAUUCUAAAAAAAUCAUAAGGAAAAAGGAAUCUACAUUCUGGAAUCAAAUAGUUGAUCUGUUUUCAGUGCCCAUCCUCAAAUACAUCACAUGAGGUUAACAAUCGAAGCAUUUAACCACUUAACCAUGUUGCUUAUUUUUUUAAUUUAUUGGCAAAACGGGGGGUUUUGUUUGUUUGUGACUUUGGUUGUCUAUAUUUAAACAUUAGUUGAGAUUUCUUUUUGAUAACAAGAACAUAACUAGCUGAAUCCUAACUUUUUGUUAUUAAGCUCUGCUCACUCUGGAAGGUGUUAGGUGGGGCCCUGCCCGGCCCCCAUUUCUGCUGCUCUCUCACUUCUCAUAGGUUCGUUGAUAGUCUUCAGUGUGGCGUGUGAUGGUAUUUUAAUGAAUGAAAAUGCAGGAGAAACAAGGAAGGCCAUGGUUGCAGAGUGCAAGGGUGAGGAUAUGAGAACACUCCAUACGCAGAGCGGACUAGAUAACUGAUCUUUCAUUUUUAGAGAUACUGUACCUAGGAACCCAACACUGUUUUUAAGCAUUUUUAUUACUAACUCAUGUAUUUGUUGAGACCUGUCGUUCUUCCUGAACGGCUGUGCCUAGUUAGUAGAAUGGUCUCUGGUAAUCCCAGUCUCUAUCCUCUUAACCACCCAGGCUAGACUUUGUCUUAGACAAAGAGCUGCAAAUGACAGUUUAACUGAAAACACAGCUAGUAGGGAAGCAAAAACCCAGC